AUGAACAGUGGCUAUGAAAUGGCACAGGAUCUGGGACUAUACGGAUUUGUAUCCAUGGAUGAGUACGAAGCUGGCGUAGAGGCAGCCAAUACGUUUGUAGAUCUACUGCAGGUUGGCGAGAAUGUUGGCAAUGAUAAUAAUGAGACAUCCGCUGUCUAUGUCAACCACCAGCCGGGAAACACGGCCAUGGACUCCAGAUUUGAUGGGUUUCGUGAUACCAUCACAGAGGCUAUACCAAGUGUACUAGUGAACGAAGUCCGCUUGAAAGAAGGACAAUCAGACCAAGAAACAUUGCACCACCUAACAGAAGCAUUCCAGCAAAAAUGCCCCACCAUGGUCCUGAUUGGUUCACCAGUCCUCGAGGCUACCACGGCGGCCCUCUAUGCCAAUGGGUGCGCACUAUCCAGCACCACUAUUGUAGGAACCUUUGAUACCACUCCCGACGUCUAUGCUAGCAUUGCCGUCGGAAAGCUGGCCUUUGCAGUCUCCCAGCAGCAACACUUGCAAGGUACGCUUCCUGUCGUUAUGGCGGCUACCUAUGUGUCAACUGGUCAACGACUGGCUCCACCCAGCCAAAGCAAAUAUGGGAUCUACAGCUCUGGUCCGUCCAUUGUCACUCUGCAGACACUACCUUCGGAUACCAUACAGGCAUGCGAAGCAGAGGGAUUUCCAGUUUGUGCCCCGGGACAAGCUCCCAUAAAACUGGGUGCGCAAGUCCAGCAAGCCGGUCUAGACACAGGAGUGGAUUUGCAGUUUGAACUAUUCAAUCGACAAGAAUCGAGCGAGGUUAUGCAUGCCAAAAUGGCCAGCAAAAUCAUUAGCUACUGUCGGGCCGGUGUCCACGGUAUCUUUGUCUCCAUACCCAGUACGGCCCUCAUCCCCGCAGUUCGCGAAUGCCUUGAUUUGAACAUACCCGUCAUGUCGGUCAAUACCGGAGCCGAGUAUGCAAUAGACGAGCUCCAACUCCCACAUCACAUUGGACAACUCGAAUACACGGCGGGGUAUGCCGCUGGAAAGUACAUGGCGUCGCCACAGCACGGCAUUGACAAAGUCAUUUGUAUCCGGCAAGACCAAGACAAUAAGGCUCUCACAGAGCGAUGCAAAGGAUUUGAAGCAGCCAUUCGAGAAACCAAUGGAGCUGUAGAAUUCCUCGGUAGACCCAUUGUAGGAGUGGACAAUGUGGCUGGAUUCAUUCACACGGUCAAAGAAUUUGUUGCGAAUCACACGAGCGACAACACAUGGGAUGGGCUUGGAAUGCUCGAGCUAGGUACCAAGUAUGUAGACGCCACUUUGGGUCUGCGACAAGAUCACCCUGGAAUGCAGUUUGGCGCCUUUGAUACCUCGGGGGCUCUCUAUAAUGCUUUGGCAACCGACGAUAUCAUGUUCGGCAUUGAUCAAAGCUUGUACCUGCAAGGAUACUUACCAGUCUGGCUGUUGACGAUGAUUGCUACCACCAACCAACAUUUGAAGAAUCGUUACAUUGAAACUGGACCAACCCUCGUCCUCGAGUCGGCAUCCAAAGAAUACCUGUCAUGCCAAGCUUUGUCGUUCUCGGUGUGCCCUCCACCAGUUCUUUACGACUUGAACCAACUGACCAAUGUGCGCCCUAUUGGAUACACUUUGGCAGCGAUUGUGAUCGCAACUGCAGUUUCCUGUAUCGUGUGGAUGGCCAUGAACCGAAGGAGCAGCGUAGUAGCUCAGUCGCAGCCAGAGUUCCUUCUCAUGAUUUGCUUUGGCGCGGUUUGCAUGGUGUCAGCAAUCUUUCCACUGGGCAUUGAUGACAGCAUUGCCUCCACAGAAGGUGCUUCAAAGGCUUGUAUGGCGAUUCCAUGGUGUGUUGCCCUUGGUUUCACAAUCAUGUACGCCGGAAUAUUCUGCAAGAUCUGGCGCAUCAACAAGUUGAUGACUGCGGCAAAGUAUUUUCGCCGCACCAAAAUACAAGCAUGGCAUGUCAUUGCUCCGCUUGUGGGGCUCUCCGUCGGAAACGUGCUGUUUCUUGCCAUUUGGACUGGCGUGGAUCCCAUGUAUUACAGUCGGGAGGAAGUUUGUGGAGCAGGAGAUUUUAGCUCUGUUGGCCAUUGCAAGGCUGGUGAUACCAAAGUUUCCGUGGCCAUGGCGUCCUUGAUUGGAAUCAUCAAUAUCACAGCUCUGAUCUUGGCCAACGUAGAGGCGUACCGGGCACGAUGGUUGAAUGAACACCUUAGCGAAUUUCGCUACAUGUUUAUCAAUCUUCUGGGCAUUCUCCAAGUGGGAAUCAUUGGAGUGCCGCUGAUCAUGCUGCUUGCCGAAGAGCCAGUGGCAUCAUACUUCUUGAUCUCGAUUCUGCUGUUUCUGGUUGCCGAGUCAACUUUGCUGCUCAUGUUUGUUCCUAAAGUCCUCCUCCUUCGACAGGAAGCAGCUGACGACUCCGAUGAUGCUGCUUCUGUUGCUUCCAUGGCUUCCUCCAAUAUCAGCCCAUUUGGAAACAAUCAGAAUUCCUCCCGCCACACCCGAUUCUCGCUGCCGGCGGCCCCAAAAUCUUUUCCUUCGUCACUGCAACGUGCUUCGUCCGUGGAAAAUUCAGCGUCGUCCUCCGCAGCCCUGUUGAACAGAAUCAAAGAACUCGAGAGGCUCCUGCGGGAGGAAGAAGGUGUAGACACACGACGAGUCUUUUCAAAAGUUCAGCUGGACACGGUGGUGACGAUUCCGACCGAAAGAGAAAGCGAUGAUGAUGAUGUCAUGGCCAGUGUCAACACUGCAGUCCUCCAGGCCUGUAACGGUGACAUUGAACGAGCCCAGUCCAUGGCUCGGAAACUAGGACUCGAGAAACCGAUCAGCGACCUCGAGAUCGACGAAGAGUCUGAUGAAUCUUCAAGCGAUUCGUCGUGUGCAGGUGAUGCCUUGUCCAAGAAUCCCGUAAACAAAAUUGCGGCAUUGACAGCGUGA